AUGCGCAUCCCCGUGUGGAUCUUCACCGGCCCGUUGGGCGCGGGAAAGAGCACCGUCAUCAACGCGGUGCUCGACGCCCUGCCGAAGUCGAGCAACCCCGCGUGCAUAACCCACCACUUCGCGAUGAGCUACGGUUGCGAGAGCACGCCGGUUCGCAGGGACCCGGCGUCGACAGGGCGCUCCAAGUCGCACGCCAACGAGACGGCCGCGCGACUCAACCUGGCGUUCUACGACGAGGUGUACGACUUUGGCAGCGGGUGCAUAUGUUGCUCUCCAAAGGGCGACUUUGCGCGGAGGCUCUGGGCGCUGGCGCGAUGGAACGACGAGGAUUUGACCCAGAAGGUGACGCAUCUCUUCGUCGAAACCACGGGACUUGGCGAGCCGGACGCCUUCGCGAAGCUCUUCUUCCACGACGACGUCGUCGCCGCCGCCUUCGAGCUCCGGUGCGUCGUCGCGGUGGUGAACCCGGCGAACGUGGCUCCCGCGCUGGACGAGGUUCCGCCCGCGGGGUUGGCAAACAAGCCGGCGGCGCAGCUCGCGCCCGCAUCCGUGCUGUGCGUCAACCCGCGAGCCGGUGCCGACGGUGCCAACGGUGCCGACGGUGCCGACGGUGCCGACGGUGCCGACGGUGCCGCGGAUGGACUCGAGAGGGCGAGGCGCGCGGCGGCGCCCGGCGCGGUCGUCGUCGACGCGUCCGCGCUCACGUCGGAUCCGAGAACGUUCGGAAGGUGUUGUCUCGACGCCCUCGCCGACGCGCCCGCCUUUGAUCAGUCCGCCGCCGCGCGUCGCGACCCGAGCUUCGCCGACGCCGACGCCGACGCGACGGUGCCGCUCGUGCAGACGUCGCUGGCGCUGGGCAGCGCGCACGACGGCCGCGUGGUCACCGCGUGUUGCGCGGAGCGAGGCGCGUUGAACAGGGUCGCGUUCGUCGAAUGGAUCCAAUCGGUGCACGCGGCGGCGGGGGGCGGUUUGGCGAGGUGCAAGGGAGACGUGGAGCUCGCGGGGGAAGGCGGCCGGAGACUGGUGGUGGACGGCGUCGGCGGCGCGUUGACGCUGCGGGAGGAGGCGGGACGAGAAGAGCGCAGUCGGGGCGCGGCGGGGGACGGGACUGAUCAAAGGGACGGGACGGAAGGCUGGGGAGGCGACGGGCCGAAGGCGCCGCUCUGCGGGGACGCGUCGUGCCAAAUCUCGGAGCACCGACACGGCGAUCGACCGUCGCGGGUGUUCUUCGCGGGCAAAUCGAUGAAGGUUUCGAAGCUUCGAGCGGGUUUCCGCGCGUGUUUCGUGCCGAAAGGAUUCGAGUGGGCCGCGGAUAUCGAGGUGGACUUUCCGGGCCGAGGGGACAUGGGAAAGGAGGUCGAAGUCCGCGGCGAGCGGGUGGCGCUGUGGAGGGUAGACGGGCAGUUCAAGGCGAUCGCGGCGAUCUGUCCGCACGCCGGCGGUGAACUGGCUAAAGGAUCGGUGUUAUCGAUGGGCGAGGGGGGGCAGAAGCUGCUGAGUUGCCCGGUGCAUUUCUUCACGUUCGACAUGGAGAGCGGCGAGUGCGUCACCGCGAAAUCGUGUUCUCGUGCGAAGGUGUACGAGACUCGGGUUGCUUUGGGUGGGAUAUACGUGCGCGUUCAGGGCGCGGGCGUGGAUGGGGACGAGGCGGGGGCUCGCGAUGGUGAUGAUGGGGAGGAGGAUGGAUACAGGCCACUCGCCGUGGUUGACUUUGACGCGAACGGCAACGUAGUCCGAGUAGGAUGA